UAUAAAUCUUGACUAUGAGUUUAAGCACAUAGUUUAGUUUUUAAUUUUGUACUAUAAACUCGACAAUUUUUUUUUCAAAGCAAAGAAGGAAUUUAAUAUUGAAGUAUAAAACAAAUUUUCUUCCCAAGGGAAUAUUUAUUCUUGAAAUUAUUAAUUAAAAAUUUUGUAAUGGUACCAAAAGCUGAAAUUUCGGUUAAUAAUGAUUCAACGACAGUUUAUCAUAAAGAAACGAAAAAGUCGUCAAGUUACUUUAAAACAGAAGUAAAAUGGUUAACGGCAUUUUUUGUUCUUGUUCUACAUAUUGCAGGGGUGUAUUUUUCUUUUACUUUUCCAUAUUUGCAGAAAAAAAAGACAGUUCUGUUUGAAUGGAUUGUUGCCCAUAUGGUUGGAUUUGGAGUGACCGGUGGUGUACAUCGUUUCUGGACUCAUCGCGCCUAUAAAGCAAAAUGGCCACUUCGGUUAAUUCUUCUAGUUUGCUUCUAUACAUCAGGACAAAAUUCAUUAUACAAUUGGGUGAGAUAUCAUCGUCUUCAUCAUAAGUACACAGAAACUGAUGCAGAUCCACAUAAUAGUAAUCGGGGUUUUUUCUUUUCGCACGUCGGUUGGCUUAUGAUGAGAAGACAUCCGGAAGUUAUAAGACGAGGAAAGCAAAUUGAUAUGAGUGACAUUCUCCAGGAUCCAAUUGUUGCAUUUGGUGAAAAGUAUUUCGAGUAUUUCAAAGUUCUCUUUACAUUCGUAAUACCAAUAGUCAUACCUGUUUACCUUUGGAAUGAGGAAUGGUAUUAUUCAAUAGCGACGACAAUUGUACGUUACAUAGUAACUCUGAAUUCCACUUGGAGUGUUAAUAGCUUGGCUCAUAUGUGGGGUGCUAAACCUUAUGACAAAACAAUAGCUCCAGUCGAAAACAAACUUGUCGCUCAUAUGACCAUGGGAGAAGGUUGGCACAACUAUCAUCAUGUCUUUCCGUACGAUUACAAAUGCGCUGAAUUAGGAAACUACAGUUUGAAUUGGACGACUUUUUUAAUUGAUAUGUUUGCGAAAAUCGGUUGGGCUUAUGAUUUGAAACAACCAAGGGAAGAUCUGAUUAAGACAGUGAAGGAAAAACGAGGUCAAGACUCUCACAUCGUAUAUGAAACACCAAACUAAGUAAGGAGUAUUUUGUUAACCAAAACUUGAUCUUUCGAUGGAAGAAUUUGCAAGUGAAUUUUAAACUCAACUGAUGACGUGUACAAACUUAAUAUUAUACUUAACCUCUUGUAAGGUGAAGACUGUAUUGCGAAAAAUGUUGUCAGGAAUAUCAAAAUUAUUGUCCGAUGUAAGAACUCGACAGAUAUGAAUGAUAAUUAUUGUAUAUUUUCUUUAUUUCUAAUUUAAUGAUGAUGAUGAUGAUGACGAUGAUGAUGUUUUAUAAAACUGAAACUUGUUCCUUUUUUAAAAAAGCAUAUUAGAAUAGCAUAUUUAGAAGGUAAAUCUUUUGACAAACUUGAUCUUUUGGUUUAGAAUCAAAAAGCAGUAGCUUUUUGAUGAUUCAUUCAUUGUACUGUAGUUGAUUUUUGAGGGGAUAGGAAUAGGUUUCAUUGAAUUUUUGACAAACGAAAUUUUAUUGCGAAACAACAAUUUAGAGAAAAACAGUCUAUUAAAAAUUGGAACAUAGUAUAUUGUAAUAAAAAAAUGUCCAUUUAUCAA